GCGAGGCGGAGGGGGAGGACACAGGUGAGAGAUGUGUACGCUAGGCAGCAGGAUUACCUGGAGUUUAUGUAUCCAUCCGCCAGUGCUGUAUGUGUGAAUACUGGCUGACAGAGUAAAAUGGACAGGUAACAGAAAACCGGGCUCAGUUCCUACCGUAAGUUGUCAUCAGCAGAAUGACUGAGUGCUUUCUGCCUCCCACCAGUAGCCCCAGUGAACAUCGGAGGGCUGAGCAUGGCGCGGGACUGGCUCGUACACCUAGCUCAGAAGAAAUCAGCCCUACAAAAUUCCCUGGACUGUACCGUACUGGAGAGCCAUCCCCUCCGCAUGACAUACUCCACGAGCCUCCUGAUGUAGUGUCUGAUGACGAGAAAGACCAUGGCAAGAAGAAAGGGAAGUUUAAGAAGAAGGAGAAAAGAACCGAAGGCUAUGCUGCCUUCCAAGAGGACAGUUCCGGUGAUGAAGCAGAGAGCCCGUCCAAGAUGAAGAGGUCCAAGGGAAUCCAUGUAUUCAAGAAGCCCAGUUUUUCUAAGAAGAAGGAGAAAGAUUUUAAAAUAAAGGAGAAACCUAAAGAAGAGAAGCACAAAGAAGACAAGCACAAAGACAAGAAGUCCAAGGAUUUAACUGCUGCAGAUGUAGUCAAGCAAUGGAAAGAGAAAAAGAAAAAAAAGAAGCCCACCCCAGAGCCAGAGCCACCACCUGUAGAUGUGCCCAGGCUGAGGCCAGUAUUCGGGAUCCCGCUGGCUGCAGCUGCAGAGAGAACCAUGAUGUGUGAUGGGAUCCGGCUGCCAGCAGUAUUCCGGGAAUGCAUUGAUUUCAUUGAGCUGCAUGGCAUGAAAUGUGAAGGCAUCUACAGAGUGUCAGGAAUCAAGUCAAAGGUGGAUGAGCUGAAAGCAGCGUAUGACCGUGAAGAGUCUCCAAACCUUGAUGACUAUGAGCCUUACACAGUUGCCAGCCUACUGAAGCAAUACUUGCGUGAGCUACCUGAGAACGUCCUCACCAAAGAAUUAAUGCCUAAAUUUGAAGAUGCCUGUGGCAAGGGCACCGAGGCCGAGAGGCUGCAGGAAUGUCAGCGUCUUUUAAAGGAGCUGCCAGACUGCAACCUUUACUUGAUAUCAUGGCUGAUUGUGCACAUGGACCAUGUCAUAGAGAAAGAACUUGAAACUAAAAUGAACAUACAGAAUAUUUCGAUCGUGCUGAGCCCAACCGUUCAGAUCAGCAACAGAGUCCUGUAUGUGUUCUUUACACACGUGCAGGAGCUGUUUGGUGGUGCGGUUAUCAAGAAGGUGAUAAAACCUCUCCGCUGGUCUAACAUGGCCACCAUGCCGGCCCUUCCUGAAACCCAAGAAACUAUUAAAGAGGAAAUCAGGCGGCAGGAAUUUCUCUUAAACUGUUUGCACCGAGAUCUGCAGGCUGGCAUAAAAGAUCUGUCGAAGGAAGAACGGCUGUGGGAGGUGCAGAGAAUUCUAACUGCGCUUAAAAGGAAGUUGCGAGAAGCUAAAAGGCAGGACUGUGAAACCAAGAUUGCCCAAGAAAUUGCCAGCCUUUCAAAGGAAGAUGUUUCCAAAGAAGAAAUGACAGAAAAUGAAGAAGAGGUGCUCAAUAUACUGCUGGCACAGGAAAAUGAGAUCCUCACAGAGCAAGAAGAACUGGUGGCGAUGGAGCAAUUCCUGCGACGACAGAUUGCUACAGAGAAAGAAGAAAUAGAUCGCCUGCGAGCAGAAAUCUCAGAGAUACAGAGUCGCCAGCAACAUGGCCGGAGUGAGACAGAGGAAUAUUCAUCAGAAAGUGAGAGUGAAAGUGAGGAUGAGGAAGAGCUGCAGAUUAUUCUGGAAGAUCUUCAACGGCAGAAUGAAGAGCUAGAGAUUAAAAACAACCAUUUGAACCAAGCCAUUCACGAGGAGAGAGAAGCGAUCAUUGAGUUGCGUGUGCAGCUCCGGCUGUUACAGAUGCAGCGUAUUAAAUCCGACCACCUGCAAGAUGAAGAAGAGCCAGGGAAAGCGGGCAGCAGAUCCCAGCUGCCGAGGGAUGCUGCCUCCGAGACAAAGACGAAGGAGCAAGUGAGACCCUCGCCAAUUAAAGACUGGAAGGAAACACUGAUUUGAGAAGGAGAGAAUCGCAUGUAAAGUGCUCAUUAACCCUUACAGGCCAUUGCUGUGGUUUUUAUUUGACACAGGCACUCCCCUUCUGAGGAAAACUGUCCUUUUAUGUACCAGUCUGUUCUUUGGGUUCUAGCUUUUCUGGGGUUACUUAUAUAAAAUUAUUUUGUACACAGAAUUUUGGUGAGAAAAGAAUGUUGUGUUCUGAUUGACAGGACUUGUGGCAAGUGUUUCAGAAAUGUGGCUCUGAAUUUUUUUAACACUUAUUUUUAGGUGAUUUUAUGAUGCAGAUGUUACCAGGCACACCAGUCUAUAUUAUUUAUUCAUAAGUAUCUUGGCAUCAGAGCAGCUUUACCAUGUAGGUUUUUUUGUAUUGCCUAAGCCAGGGAUUUUGCAGCUGUGAAUGCACCUGUUUGAGACUACUACAAAUAACAUUUUUAUUCUAUUGGUGUACAUGGUUCUCUAUGAUCUGAUCAGCUCUCCAGUGUUGCUGGCUUGCUGCUGUUACUGCUUUCUCUUAUGGCCAUGGGUCAUGCAGCAGUGCUGUAGAAUCAUUUUGCAGUAUGACUUUGUCCUGGAGACUUUCACCAUGUAUCUAAGUAGUAUGGCUUUCCAUAGGGUGAGGAACCAGGACUAGCCUUCUAUAUUUCCUUACUGUCGCAGCAAUAUAAAUUGGCAUGUGACCACAUCUCUAUGUAUAUAUUCUGUUGUGGUCAUCAAAUGACAAAGUACAUGCACAGAAGACAAUAGAUGGUACUAUGUCAACCCCAGAGAAAGCUUAAAGGGGUUUUCCUUGAGUAAAGUAUUUAUGACCUUUGCUCAGGGUUGAGGAUCAGUCUCAAUCUGGGUAGGGGUUCGGCGAAUCCCAGCACCCGCGUGUUUGAAUAGUCCUCAGCACUCCCGUUAGAACAUCAAGUUCAUUGUCCCUUGGCAUGUGUACAGGGCUGCAAUAUCAAGCACAGCCGCUGUACAGUGUACAACACGCUGCUUGGUUUGCUUUGAGGAGUCCUCAGCACUUACCGGAGCGCCACAGCUGAUCUGAGGGGAUGCUGGGUGUCAGACCCCCACUGAGGAUCAUAUCAUGAGGAUAGGUCAUCAGUGUUUUAAUCCUGGAAAACCCCUUUACUAUGUACAUUGCUGCAGUGGGUUGGAGAUCGAGUAAAGGUUUAAAAAAAUAAAUAAAAAAAUUAACACUGAAAACAGUGAAAUAAAUACACUGCAAAACUACAAGCCUUUUAAAAUGUGUUGUAAAUCAGAAGAUCUCCAGCCACUAGUGGUCUACCUUUUAUGUACCCCUUACUCAAACAAAUUACAAUAAAGUACACCCAUGUUAAUGAUUUAUAUACUGUACCACAAUGUCAGUAACCCCUAGCGAUAUGCCUUGUAUAACUUUGGGGUACACUUACCACAGAUUGAGAACUUAAGUAGCCCAUACUCCUUCCAUAGCUGUCAACUGAGCCUUUUGCCGACAGCUAUCUUGUGACUCCACCACACACAUAUAUUGCUUGGAAGAGCAUUUAUGUCAUUUCAAUUGGGAGAGAGAAGGCGGCCCAUGCCUGACACCUCCCAGGAAAACAAAAGGAUCGGCCUGGAAAUUCAUGCUCUUCAUAGACAUUGAAUUGUCAGAUUCAGCCUCCAAUAGUGUAAUGUGUAUGGGCCUUCAGGUUACUCAGCUCUUCAGUUCAAGGAUCAGUUGCCAAUGAACUGAUGCCAGAAGUGGGGAAACAUUUGGCCAGACCUAACCCUUACUGUCCCUAUUUUUACGGGACAUCUUGGGUAGAUUUUGCACCAUUACUACAAAUAAUGGUUGCUCGUUCCAGUUCCACUGAAGAGCAUCAGUUACAGUUAUAAGUCCUUCACAUCUGUUGUGAAGAUCAAGAAUGUAUCGAGAGGGAUCUUAAGAUUUGAACUAGAAGAAUAUUGACAGAUGUAGGCACAUUGAUUUCACAUAUAUUCACUUUUAGAUUGCUUACCUGCUGCCCCUUAGAACGUAAUGAGCUUUACCGUUCAGCCCUUCACUUACCUUUUUGUGCCUUUUAUGCUUCAUGUGAAAGCUACUUGUUGGUUAUCUUAUUAUACUAUCUUUCUUUGUUGGCUGUGCAGGCAGAAAUAAAUGUUAGGCUAAUCAGUUUUUUGAGAAAUCUUAUCUUUCUGGUGAAGACAGAAAGCUGAAUUGUCAUCAGUUGUCCUUGUAAUGUGCUGUAUUCUCUCAUGGCAAUCAGUCUACGGAUAUGACAAAUGCCUCAGUCCCUCUUGCAAUUCUCUUUCAAUCCGAGUGAUGUACUGGAGUCAGAUACUUGAGAUAAGGGCAGCUGAUAUUUGCCAUAGAAUUACUGUAGGGUUGGGUUUCUUCUGUGACAUUGCUAUAUAGGCUCAAAUGACUUUGAAGCCUGUGAAUGGGUCUUCCUUUUUUUUGGUAUUAUAGGUUUAAGCCACAUAUGCUAGUUUACCGGUGAUUUAUAUUCAGGUAUCACGCAUGGUUGAAUGAAUCGCUUCAUGGUUCCAUGCGAAGGUGAUCCUGAAAGCCAACACAAUAAAGAGAAGUGUUGAGAAUAAAGUCCAUUGCUCUUUUUGGCACGUCAAUCGUGUACAGAAUUCUUGGACAUUAGCUUGGACCUGUCCUUAAGUGACCUGGUCACAUUCAAUGCUUGUCUCUUGUUGUGUCUGGCAUCAGAGCUGUGAAACGGUAUUAUAUAAUCAUUGUGCAUGUUUAUGAAGUCCCAGCAAUACUUAUGGGCUGGAUAAAAAAUUUCUUGGAGCCAUUUAAAAAAAAAAGCACAUUCCAGUCCCAUUUUUGGAGAUACAGGGUUCCUUGGUGCUUAGAUGUAUACGAUGGAUUUGUAGUGUGACAGUGGUCUCUGGUACUUAACAGGUACCAUCACUGUCUGAAACGUUCUGGCAGUGUGAUCCUAUGCGUAAAAUAGCAUUGUACCUCUCACUGCUGGUGGACGACCAUUUCCUAUUCCCAGUGCGAAUGACCAUUUAACUGGAAUGAACAACCCUACAAAUUCUACACGUUCCAUUCAAUGUGUACACAGGUAGAGUGCAGCUUUGCUCUUUUGUCAUUUUCAUGUUGUUUUAAAUGACUAAAAGUGUUAAUAUUUCCUUCUGUCUGUUACAAAUACAUUUUGUAUUUACUGAUGUUGGUCCAUUUUUAAAGCAAUGAGUUCCCAUUAAUAUUGUCACCAGUAUUUUUAUUUCUCCCAACUUUAUGUAAGUCUCUUAGCUAAUGUUUCUUAUCCUGACAUCAUGCAAACAGAGCAAAUAAAGAAUCAAUUUAAACCUG